UCCCGCUCCGUCCGGUUGUUCCGCCAUGGUGGAGGGGCCCGGGUGCGCGCUGAAUGGGCAGAGGAUCCGGAGCCGCGUCCGGACGGGACAGCGGCUGGUGGGGCUGCGAGGGAGCGCGGUUACUCAGCUAAGUGGACGGAGUGAUUCCUGUUUGCAAGCAAUCGAAUUGCUGAAAGGCAAGAUUUACACUGGUGUGAAGACUCUGGGAAAGGAACUGUUCAUAUAUUUUGAGAAAACUGCAUUAAGGAUACAUUUUGGAAUGAAUGGUUCAAUGCGCAUCAAUUCAUCUGAGAGAAAACACAGCAGUAGAGCCCCAGCAGUCUUAGAGAUUCAGCUAAUCAGUGAUUUUAUUUGUUUCUUUGAGUCCACGUUCGAUAUCAGGAGUACUUCAGAAUGUGAGGAGAAAGUAAAAAUGAUGGAAGAACUGGAUAUGUGCUCGGUAAAAUUUAGUUGCUCCCGAGCUGAGGAAGAGCUAAAGCGACAUGGUCCCCGCAUGAUAUGUGACGUUCUGUUGGACCAGGCUGUGCUGCCAGGAGUAGGAAAUAUCAUCAAAAAUGAAUCAAUAUUUGACAGUUGCCUUCAUCCUGCUAUAAAGAUCUGUCAGUUAUCAGCUGAGCAAAUACGUCACCUUGUAAGAGUAACUCGAGACUUCACAAUUUUCUUUUGUACGUGUCGGAAGAUUGGGUCAGCCUUGUAUAAACACUUCAGAGUUUACAAGCGUUCCACGUGCAGACAAUGUAAUGGUAAAAUUAUUGUCUGCCGCCUCGGUGAGAAUAAUCGAAUGACGUAUUUCUGCUCGCACUGUCAGUCGGAAGAUCCCAGCCAAGUUAACAAUGGUAAUCUCCCUAAACGGAAUAGCCUGAUGAGUUGGACCCAGGGCUCUCGAGAUCAGUCUAUUGAUGAUACCAUUGCCAAGAAAGAAGAGGAGGAAUGGACAUGUGCUCUUUGCACUUUAGUAAAUGCACCAUCAUCCAAAUCAUGCGAUGCCUGUUUGACACAAAGGCUUGUCAAGGCAGCAUCACCUCAGAAGUCUGGUUUUGAUACUAAUCUCAUAAAGUACCAAUGUAAUAGUUUUGGUAAACCCCUAAUAGAAUGGAAGCUCAAUCGGAAAGCAGCAUUUGGUACAACUACGCUGGUUCUCACAUCACAAAAGAGUUCUCAAAAGAGUCCUACAUUCAGUUUCUCUUCAGACAAUGAAGUGAAAGAGAACCCAUUAUUAACAGAAGGGAAUCCUUCUCUAGCCUUAUUUAAGAAAUGUCCUGCAAGUGCAUUGAACUCUAACAUUUUGAUAAAAAGCCAUUUUAAUAAUUAUGCAGAUCAACCAACCAAUAACUCAACGUUAUUUAGUUACACCAACCAAAGUUUAUUUUGUCACCCUCCUAAAAGACUGAAGAAGGACCAUAGUUCUUUUGAUUCCAACACAAAUACUGCAGUUUCUGUCUUCAGGGACUCUAAUAAUGUCGAUGGUGGUAAUAGUCCUCCUUCAAGUCCUAGAUUCCCAUGUUGUCAAAAACACGGCCGACCCUGUACACUGAGAGUAGUCAAAAAAGAAGGUAACAACAAGGGAAGGCAAUUCUAUGCUUGCUCAAUGGCUCAAGCUCAACAGUGUGAUUACUUUCAGUGGGCUGACUUGCAUUUUCCAAUCUGCAAUCAUGGAAGGCGAUGUAUCAUGAGGACAGUACUGAAACUUGGUCCUAAUAAUGGACGCAACUUUUACGUGUGUUCACAAAGCAUGGACAAACAGUGUAAUUUCUUUCAAUGGGCAGAGAGUGGACCAGGUAUUAAGAGCACUCCAGGCUACUGAAACUUAAGUUGCUGAGUACAAAAUUUAACUUGAGGUCAUAAUGG